CAAAUAUUCUAUCAGUGACUGGGUAGUAUAUGUGAAAGAUGUCAGGGGGGGAGGUAGUGAGGCAAGGAACCCUAAACAAAAAUGAAUUAAAAUGAUAUUUUUUAUUAGUAUAAUUGUAUGAGUGUUUAUUUUUAUAUUCAUUUCUUGUGUUUUUGUUUUACUCAUAAAAUCAAAUGAAAUUAACAGAAGAGAGGACAGAAUUGGUAUAAGAAUUUAUUUCUUAAGUUUUAACCAAACGACCAACAAUCCACUCAUAUAUCAAUUAUUUUAUUAAAUAUUUGUGUUUAACACUAUAAAACGAACAAUCGAAACGUAGAUAAACAUAAUCAGUAAUUUUCUUUAUAAACGAAGGAAAAAAAGAAAAAUUAAAGUAGAAAAUUAUUAAGUUAUUGUCUAGAUUCACAAAGAAGUUUGGAAGAAGUAAAGAGGAAAAAAAAAACGUCAUGGUUAAAUUCUACAAGGUGACUAUAAAUCGUACAGAAUGGGAAAUACCAGAAAUCUAUCAACAAUUACAACAAGUAGGCUCUGGUGCCUAUGGACAGGUGUGCAAGGCCCUGGUAAGAGGUACCAACAUGUAUGUUGCCAUUAAAAAGUUGGCACGCCCUUUUCAAUCGGCGGUGCAUGCUAAACGUACUUAUCGAGAAUUGAGACUACUCAAACACAUGGAUCAUGAGAAUGUUAUUGGUCUAUUGGAUGUCUUUCAUCCGCACCCCCCAAAUGUGACCUUGGAAAAUUUCCAACAGGUGUAUUUGGUUACUCAUCUUAUGGAUGCUGAUUUAAAUAAUAUUAUAAGGACACAACGUCUGUCCGAUGAACAUGUGCAAUUUUUGGUUUAUCAAAUAUUACGUGGUCUAAAAUACAUACACAGUGCUGGUAUUAUACAUCGUGAUUUAAAACCCUCCAACAUUGCGGUCAACGAGGAUUGCGAAUUGAGAAUUUUAGAUUUUGGUUUGGCACGACCAACAGAAAAUGAAAUGACCGGUUAUGUGGCCACACGUUGGUAUCGUGCCCCGGAAAUUAUGCUUAACUGGAUGCAUUACAAUCUCACUGUGGAUAUUUGGUCGGUGGGCUGUAUUAUGGCAGAAUUACUUACUGGACGCACAUUAUUUCCGGGCACUGAUCAUAUACAUCAGUUGAAUUUAAUUAUGGAAGUUUUGGGAACACCACCCGAUGAUUUUAUGCAAAAAAUUUCUUCGGAAAGUGCACGUAACUACAUUAAAUCAUUGCCUCCCAUGAAGCGACGUGAUUUUAAGACUUUCUUUAAAGGCGCCAAUCCACUAGCCAUUGAUUUGUUGGAGAAAAUGUUAGAAUUGGAUGCAGAGAAACGUAUUACAGCCGAACAGGCCUUGGCACAUCCUUAUAUGGAAAAAUAUUCAGAACCCAGUGAUGAACAAACAUCACCCUUGUACGAUCAAAGUUUUGAAGAUAUGGAUUUGCCUGUUGAAAAAUGGAAAGAUUUGAUAUACAAAGAAGUUAUAAACUUCAAGCCGCCACCAUCGUUUGCUCAAAUUUUACAAGAAAUUAAAUAAGUAUUAUUUAAGUUUAUGAAAGCUUUGGGUGUUUUAAGCUAUAUGUAUAUUCACAUUGUGCAAUUAUUUGUCUACAAAAAAAACAACUACAUUAAUAUUACUCUUGAAACAAAUUGGUAUUAUUUAAAUAUCGUCCUACAUCCUGAUAUUAUUUUUUUGUCAAAUAUUUGAAUACGGUGAAUGUUAUCUUAGUUAAACCAAAGUUUUUUAUGCUUAAUAUCGGGCAUUAUCAGUUGAUUUCGGUUUCAGCGCGAUAACUUGACUUUACUUAUUUAAAAUUUAUAAAUUUUUUUAAUUUUUAAAUAAUUGCUCAAAAAUAUUGAUGGUAUUAUAUGAUAAUAGAUUUGUGUGGUGUUAAAUACACUCAACGUAACUUAAAAAAUUGUUCAUUAAUGUUUGUUAAAUACGUACAUAUAUAUACAAAUAUAUAUAUUUUUAUUUUAAUUGUCCUUGCUCACGUACAAAGUGCCUUAAUAUUUCACAAAAUACCAAAAAAAAAAAAAAAAAAAAAUUAUAAAUAUUGCCUUAAAUUAGAAAUGUUUUUUUUUUGUGAUGUUUUUUUAAAUGUUUGUGCAAUAAAGUUAUAUAUUAUAUACGUAAAGA